UUUCUAUUUUGUAGUUGUGUUUAGAUUGACAUAUCAACUUCGACAAUUAAUUUAGUGCAGGAUCAAUUAAUGACUUUAACAUCGUUACAAACAUAAAUAUUCUUUAGACUUGAAUGAAGGACUCUGAUUAAUUUAAAUAGACCACGUCUCUUAUCACAACUUUCCUUCUGUAUUUCCUACAACAUAAGUUAAAUAAAACAAUGAUUUUGCCUUUAGUUAAUUUCCUGAAUAUAUCCGUUAACAAACACAACCAUGUUUGUUUUUAUUUAGCUACAACAUGCUCUAACUCCAAACAUUGCCGUUUUAACUAGCAUUGACAAUACACAUCAUACACUUUACGCAGGUUUUUUGAUCCUUGCUUUUUUGUCUCAUAGCUACUACGUAGGAAUAUUCACCUCCACCAUUGAGAGCUGAGAAGAUCAUAAAUGCAAUUAAUUAAAUUACACACAUUACAAAGUUAGAUAAUACUAAUGACUUAGAAGGAAUAACAUAGCAGAUAAGAUACUAAUAAACACAUACAAAUUAAAGUGUUCAAAGUUCAACACUUGAAAGUUGAAAUUCAAUUCCUACCUUUGGAAAUGGUUGAUUGUUAUGAAAGCAUAACCUUUUUGUUCCUCCUCAUAAUCCCUCUUACCAAUUCUAAGUCUCAGUCUUUUAAUUUUCCUUACUUCAGCCAAAUGAAUGUAAACUUAAACCAGAUAAAACUAGAGGGCAAUGCUUCAAUAUCAGGUUCAAGUAUCCAACUCACAACGGAGCAUGUUGGAAAUGACAGCACCAACGGAGUUGGAACCAUCGGUCGAGUAAGAUAUCAUGAGUACAUUCAUCUUUGGGAUAAUAACACAGGACAACAAGUUGAUUUCACUACCAAUUUUUCCUUUGUUAUUUCCUCAAGUGAAGGUGCUUAUGGUGAUGGUUUAAUGUUCUUCUUAGCGAACCCGGAACUUCUAAACGAAAACAUGAUGGUAAAACAAGCAGGUGGUGGACUUGGUAUUGAUGUUGUUGAUGGUAACCAAAAUAUUCUUGUAGAUGGUUAUAAUCAGUUUGUGGCAUUGGAGUUUGAUACUUUUUCUAAUGAUUGGGACCCCGAUGGCGCGCACGUUGGUUUGAAUGUGAAUUCUGUUAUGUCAGUUAUACUUGAAGAAUGGAGCACAGAUAUUCCAAAUGAUAGAGUUUAUAAUUGCAGUGUUGAAUACAAUUCAAGAAGUAGUUAUUUGAAUGUUUCUUUCACUGGUUAUGGAUUUGAAGGUGUGCCUAUAACAAAGUACUUUGGAUACCACAUUAAUAUCACAGAACAUUUACCUGAGUCUGUUGUAAUUGGUAUAUCAGCUUCAACAGGUGGUUAUUCUGAAAAUCAUACUAUUCUGUCAUGGUCAUUUAGUACAAGCCGAGGACCGAUGAUUGUUGAUACUAAGAAGGUGAGAAGAAUAAUUAUCAAUCCAAGAUUGUUAGAGGGAGUGGUAAUUGGUGUAGUUUUGCCUUUGAGUUUACUAGGAUUGGUUCAUGUUUUAUUAUGGAUGAUGAAUAAAGGAAAAAAAGAAGAAUCAAGUUCAGAAACUGGUUCUGUUGUGAAAAUGGACUAUGAAUUUCAAAUGAGCACUGGACCUAAGAAGAUAUGUUAUUAUGAAUUGUUGAAUGCAACAAACAACUUUGAAGAGAAGCAUAAGCUUGGACAAGGAGGUUUUGGUGGUGUUUAUAAAGGUUACUUGAAAAGGACUAAUUCAUAUGCAGCUAUAAAGAGGAUAUCUUCAGAUUCAAGGCAAGGUAUAAAGCAAUAUGCAGCAGAAGUGAUGAUUAUAAGUCAAUUAAGGCAUAGAAAUUUGUUGAAACUCAUUGGUUGGUGUCAUAGGAACCAUGAUUUCAUUCUGAUCUACGAGUUCAUGCCGAAUGGAAGCUUAGAUUCUCAUCUUUUUCGCGGAGAAAGUAUAUUGCCGUGGAAUUUAAGAUACAAUAUAGCUCUUGGUUUGGCAUCAGCAUUGCUUUAUUUGCAGGAAGAAUGGGAAAAAUGUGUGAUUCAUAGGGACAUAAAAUCAAGUAACAUAAUGUUGGACUCUAACUUUAAUACCAAGCUUGGUGAUUUUGGUCUAGCUAGGUUGAUGGAUCAUGAGAAAGUGUCAGAAACUACACAUGUGGCUGGAACAAUAGGUUAUCUAGCUCCUGAAUAUAUGAAAACAGGGAAGGCUAGAAAAGAAUCUGAUAUAUUCAGUUUUGGAGUUGUUUUGUUGGAGAUAGCCACUGGAAGAAAAGCUAUUCUACAACAAGAUUGGGAUUUGGAGGGUCAAGUUUCAUUAGUUGAGUGGGUUUGGGAACUCUAUGCAUUGAAAAAUAUUAUUGCAGCUGCAGAUCCUAAGUUAUGUGAGGUAUUUGAUGUGAAGCAAAUGGAAUGUUUGUUGGUUGUUGGUCUUUGGUGUGCUAAUCCUGAUUCUAGCUCAAGACCAUCUAUAAGGGAAGCAAUUAAUGUGCUUAAUUUUGAAGCUCCUUUACCUAUUCUUCCACAAAAUGUGCCUAUGCUAGCUCUUUUCCCUCCCAUAAGAAGAAAUGAUAUUUUUUACUCAGUUCCCUCUUUCUUUAGGACUACUACUGGUUAAUUGAAAGUACAUAGAAUGUAGUUAUUAAGUUUUAUUAUUCCUUUGUGAACCAUGAUUUUACACAACUUGCUGAAAAUUGUACCAUUUUCCAUUUACAUGUAAACCAUUCUGUAA